GUUUGGUAACUGCGUGACUCCGUUUGGAACUUUUGGUGAUCUUUGACUUAGCCGUUAGUUGAUAGCAGGUCAAUGCCCACUUCCUUCUUGGAGGAACACAUCAAAAGAACCCACCUUUCGUAAAUUCUGAUCUCUACUAUGGUUUGUGGUAUCCCCUUUUGGUUGUCACACCGUCCGAUUGAUGCUCCGAAGUGAGUAGAUCAACUUCUUUGCCUCGAAGAUUUGCGGUUCCAUUUAUUGACCAAUUGAUCAACUUCUUCUGAAAUGGCUGUCGCCGUGGUGAGUUCUUUGCCUUGUUUAUCGGGAGUAAUGCGCCAGACGAAUUGUUCCGCAGAUGGAUUCGAUCGUUUGGCUUCCACAAGAUGCGGUAGAAGCACGAAGAUAGCUUGCGGUGAGAGGCAACAGAAGUUGCCCGCGAACCGUUUGUUUCGUGGUCCGUGUGACUCAGGUGACAUGAGAGUCUUUGUUUUAUCGGACUUGCACACGGACUGUAAAGAGAACAUGGAGUGGGUGAGGCGCCUUUCAACCGUUUGGUACAAGAAGGAUGUUCUUAUUGUCGCUGGAGACGUGUCGGAGACAUAUAAGAACUUCGUGUUCACCAUGGCUGAGUUGAAGCAGAGGUUUGACAGUGUUUUCUAUGUGCUAGGAAACCAUGAUCUCUGGUGUCGAAGAGAAGGUGGAAAUUUUAUGGACUCUGUGGAGAAGCUGAACGCUUUGCUUGAUGCAUGCAGCAAACUAGGAAUAGAAACCUCUCCAAGAAUUGUGGGGGAUGUGGGUAUCAUUCCUUUGUUUUCAUGGUAUCACAAGAGUUUUGACACAGAGAAAGAUAUAAGUGGCAUUCGAAUUCCAUCACUUGAGAUGGCAUGCAAGGAUUUUCACUCAUGCAAGUGGCCUUUACAACUAGCAAAUGGUGAUGUUGCCCUUGCUCACUUCUUUGAUAUUAUGAAUGAGAAGAACCAUAAUUUGUUCGAAGAGAUACGAAAGACUAGUUGUCAUUUGAUAACAUUCUCUCAUUUUGUUCCAAGGCAAGAUUUAUGCCCGGAGAAGAGGAUGCUUUUCUACCCAAACCUUCCAAAGAUAAUAGGCUCUGAUUUUUUGGAGGUCAGAAUAAGGUCUAUACAUGGAGAGAAUAUAGGCAGAUCACCGUGCCAUAUUUUUGGCCAUACACACUUCUGCUGGGAUGCCGUACUUGAUGGUGUCAGGUAUGUUCAAUCACCUUUAGCUUAUCCCAGGGAAAGGAAGAGGAGGAUGAAUGGUGGUGAAGACUGGUUGCCAUUUUGCAUCUACGAUAAGGGAUUCACUGAUAGAUUAUCACCUUCAUACUGGUCUGAUUACUACUCCAAAAUCAAAAGAGAUCCAGAAAAUACUGAUCUUGCACCAUGGGUCGCCAGAUUCUACGCAAGUGAUGAAGAGAUACACACUUGGUUGUCUCUGUUGAGAGGAAACAUCGCCUCAUGGGGCUAACUGUGGGUGGAGUUCCUUUCACAACCUCGGUAGAAUAUUAAGACAUUUGAAGGAACUAUUUGAAUUGCUCCUAUUUGGAAAUAAAGAAAGAAGGAAUCUUAGACUAAAAAGGACUCUUCAUAAAGCCCUCCAUACUUGUCUCCCAAAACUCUGAAAAGGUUUCAUGGCCUCUUCUCGUCUCAGAUUGUUGUCUUCUGACAGUGGAGUGUGGACUUCACAUGGCUGGAGACAGAAUUCUUCUGAUAGCAAUCUCGAGUUAAUUGAACUGGAAGAGAGAGUCGAGAACAAAGUGAACAGAGGACAGUGAAGGUUAAGGUCGAGUGAAGUAGAUUCAACUUGAGCAUUUCUUUGCUAAUGAACCGAUCCAUCGGUGGUUUCGGAACCAUUGUCAGGUCUAGACCAUGGUUGCUAGUGAUUGAAUUCUGGGACCCGGAGACAAAGUAGCCCCCUAAAGAGUGAUUGAAUCAACCUCCCCCAGUUUCUCAAUCCAGUACUGCUGGGAGCUUUAAAGAAAGAUGAGAUAUCUCCUCAUCAGGGCUCCACAUUCCACUUGCAUCUCUGUACGGCAAUAGUUUGAACUGGAUCAUACAUCCAUCAAUUAUUCUCAGAAUUUUCUUGGAUUUUCUGUUGUUUAAUUAGAUGGACAUGCUAGCAUUAAAUAUGAAGGAAGCAGUAGCAAGCUACAAGGCAUGCAGCUCUGACCUCCCUUUGCCCAUGUGAUGGCCAAAACUUGCCACAUACCAUAAUAUUGUGAACAUAGGAGCAUAAACAAAGUGAAAGAGGAAUCAAAAGUAGCACUCCCCCAAUCUUUGUCCGUCCUAUAAAGCUCUGUAACGUCCACUAUAGCCUCAGAGUUAACCCAACAAGUCUCAUUCUAUCUCACCUCUCCCUCCAAAAGGAUGGACUAGAGGUCGCCUGCUCCUUGUCAGGUGCGGUGCUGUCUUGCGUCCCUCGAAGGUUUGGGAAUCUUAUUCCAUUUGCUCUCUGUGAGGUGGAGCGGUGAUGGCAGCCGCAGGAGAGGCUGGGACGGCCACAGGAGGAGGGAAAGGGAGGUUUAGAAGCCUCUACUGGAGGCUCAGAGCCGGAAUAAGGAGGCAGCUGGGAAGAGCAAGAGAGAGCAAGCGGCGUUUCAGCUUCCAUUAUGAUCCCUUCAGCUAUGCGCUCAACUUCGAUGAUGGCUGCUCUGGCUUCCUCUCGCUGUAGCUCCUAGUUUCUCUUUAUUGUUCUGAGAGAUGUACAGCGACAUAUCUCUGGAGUAAUGGGUGUUUCUGGCUUCUUUGUAGCUGCGUUGGAAUGUAGGGAAGCAGAGGUGAAGAAAUAUAUCAUGGCAGCUCAUCAAUGUUGAUGUUUUAGUAGAUAAUCAUCUUUCGUUUAUAUAUUUCACCUCGUUCACUGUC